UCCAUGUCAUGGGUUGGCAGGUGUCGAUGUCAAGCUCUGAUAUAUAGAUAUUAUUGCAAUAAAACAUUAUAUGUAACCAGAAUUCAGUAUCAGGCCAGAAAUCAACAUGAACCAUGCAUUGAUGCACUCUUAAUAAUUAAGGUGCUCCACGAUGCCAUAGAGAAGUGUUUCUCAAACCUGUGCUGGAGGACUCAUUCUGUAUGUGUCUCUCAUCUAUCAUGAUUCAACUAAGCUUCUCAUUAGUGGAGACUGCAAGACCUGACGUGGAUGUGUGUCAGAUAUAGAGAAACAUACAAAACGUGCAGUCAUGGGGGCACCUCAUGGAGAGCUCUGAGAACCCCUGCCAUAGAAGAACAUUUUUUUGUCUAGACAGUUCCAUAAAGAACCUUUAAACAUGUCUGUCUCACAAAAAGUUCUUCGUGGCAAAAGAUGGUUCUUCAGAAUAUAAAAAGGUAAGAAAGAGAUGGUUCUUUGACUGAAUGGUUCUUUGUGGAAGCAAAAAUGGUUCUUCUAUGUGUGACUUUAGAGAACUUUAACCAGAUCUAGACUAAACGGCUCUUGACUACACCUGGUGCCUCUCACACCAAGAUAUACAUUGCUUAUUAACUGCUGAAUACCUAACCUAAGACAAGCAGCUUCAUAGAAACACACCAAAGCUACCGUAGCUGCAGAGGGACAAACUUCACCCAGACAGUGACUACUCUGCCGGUUACAUAUGGCAUUGCUUUAUUUCAGUGUUGCCACCCUGUCCAUAAAUAAUGUCCCUACUGGAAAGAAGAAAUUGCUGUUUUAAAACCAUCUGAUGCAUAAAAAGGACGAAUACUAGUUGCUGGAUUGACUGAAUAAACUGACCAAAUAGUUUUACACAAAUGAGCUGGGCUCCCUAAAUGUGUAAUGACAUCCUGAGAAAUGACCUUUGACCCUGAGCCUAAGACAUUAGAACUCAGUGGGUAGUUUAUUAAACAUUAAUGGCACUAGAAGUGAAUAUGUGAAAGAAAAUGUGUCCCUCCAAUUAUAUUUUCUGUCAUUUUAGAUUGUGAGGAAGUAAUUAUGGAUACUCUGGGAAAAAAAGUUGUGGAAGAUAUGACUAUAGAAGAAUUGAGGCAACAUGCAGUUGAGAUCACCAUUGACCGUGAGCGUCUACAUUCAGAUCUGAAGGUUUCUCAGGACUGUAAAACUGUGAGGGACAGUGCUGAUUAUAAUCACACCGGAGAGGGAUUUCCAUAUCAAUUAUGUGCUUUUGGAGCCCAAAGAUUCUCCUCCGGUCGACACUAUUGGGAAGUAGAACUGGCACAAGAAAAUACACCUCCCAAAAACUAUUGGUUAAUUGGUGUGAUGAAAGAUGGAAAUUUAACUGCAAGAGACAGAUCUGCUUUAACUCCAUCAGCUGGUUCCUGGUUCUUGUGUUCAGACGGUCCUAAUGGCUUUCACACAAACACUGAUCCAUCAGUUAAACUCUCUCUGACUCCGAGACCUGAACGACUGGGAGUUCUGUUGAAUUAUGAUGAAGGUCAGCUGUCAUUUUACAACGUCAAAGAGAGAAAACAUCUCCUGACCAUCAGCAGCAGAUUCUCUGGAUCAAUCGUUCCUCUCUUCAAUCCUGGAGCUGGUGAUCUGAGUCCACUUAAAAUCAUGGAUGGUCCAAAUCCUGUAGAACAAGCUGAAUCCAGUCAGCCUUUAUUGAGUAAUAACAGCGCAGACACCUGACUGACCACUGCAGUGUUUAAUCAGAAGGAAUCAUUUCAUCGCCCUGCAUGGGCAAAGAGUUAGACACAAGAGUUUGUCAGAGCGGAGACAAAACCAAGAUGACUGGAAGAGAACAGAAGCACCGUUAAACACAGAGACGAAUGGCUGAACAUGCUAUGAUUUUCAGCCUCCAUCUGUUCGGCUGAGAUAAUAUACACGUAAUAAUCCAUGUAAUAAUCCAUUAAUAAACUUGGAGAUGUUGGCAGCU